CUCAGUGUGCAAAUCUCGAAGGAUGGCGUUGGUGCGACUGGUGUCGAGCGUGCGGCGCAUGCUGCAAACUCCGCAAUGGAGCUUCCUCCCCCAAGUUCAGCUAGAAUUGCUUCCAGGUGUGCAUCUCCCUGAAGGUGAUGCGGAUGAAGUCGAUGACGAUGCGCUGUGGCAUGCCUGCCCCAAGUCCAAGGUCACACGGUCUCGCAAACGCAUCCGAAACAACGACCCUUCCAAGCGCUUGAAGAACAUCGUGCAUUUGCAGGAUUGCGAACACUGCGGCAACAAGAAGCUCCGACACAGACUAUGCAUGGGAUGCUUCAAGAAGGGAGAGUACUUUACGGCGUAAACCAUUCAACCACUCACUCUACCACGAAUUGAAGAUGCGAUCGUGUGUUACCAUUAUAUAUGCUUUGUUGUGACUCCUUUCAAUCGAUCCAUCCAUAGAAUUCAAACACGAGAUGCAAAAGCGGCGGGGACAGGUAUCUCCACGAACAUGCGGGUGGUAAGCGAGGCGAUGAUGGGCUCCAUAUUGACGUGAGGAACAAAUGAACCCAUCGCCGCCAACUUCGCACAUGAUGCCGCGCAUCAUUGGCGCAAAGGAUCAAGUAGAUGACUUGGCGUUGGGGAUGAGGAAAUCUACGGUGGUACUCGGGCGUCCAGACAGGAGACCACCGGGAUGACAGUUUAUGACGCAGGGAGGAUGGCAUGUUCCUCGUCUGUCGAAAUAGGAUCAAAUCCUGUCGUGCUAGCACAUAUGUGAGAACAUCUACUGUAAUGAACAUGGGGC